GAGAGGUAGGUGGUAAAGUGCUGUUCUCCACACCUAGGGAGCAGGCACCGAGAGAGUGGAAUUUCACAAAGGCAGUGUGGACUGGCUUGAUGGUGAAAUUUCCAACCACCUAGGGCUGUAAUUCCAUGUGUGAUGGCCAAAAGACUCCUAAGGGCAAUAGUUUAUUAGGGUACCCGGGUCAGGAGCCUGAUAGGAUGGACACAACAUUAGAAGUGGGCAUCUGGGUAACAGAGUCUGAGAAGUGCUCAAGGGCUGUGGGGUGCCACCUGGACCCCUUCACCUUGGUAGAGGAGGGCUCCUGACCUGGUUUCUGAUGGGAGUAAGGGGGAAUGGCACCCUGCCAUCUCUGGCACAUGAAUUUGAGUUCCUACACCGCAGGUAGGCACUGCUUACUGCCCCUUGCCAGGCUGGAUUAUUCGGAUCUCUGGAGCAGGUGUUCCCAGGUGCGGACUUGAGACAAAGGAACCAGGAAGCAGGGCCUCCCUGAGUACAGAGAAGAAAACUGCAGUCCGGGAUGGCUCUGUCGGCCCGGCCAAAGUCGCGCAGCUGGUUCGGGCCGAGCCCCGACUUCGAGAGUGAGGCACAUGGCCCCUGCAGACCGGGCGGCGGAGGGUCCCAGGCUUGAGGACCCAUCGGCCCCCCCACUCCCUUGGAAAGGCAAGGAGAGGAACCUGCGCUGGUAGUGAUCCUCCACUUCUGCCCUUGGCCGCAACACCCUAGUGCCCCCCUGGCUUAGUCAUGGCGAAGCUGGAGACACUGCCUGUGCGCGCUGACUCGGGGCGGGAUCCCCUCCUGGCCUUUGCCCCACGGCCCUCUGAGCUCGGACCUCCAGAUCCUCGUCUGGCCAUGGGCAGUGUGGGCAGUGGGGUUGCCCAUGCCCAAGAGUUCGCCAUGAAGAGUGUGGGUACCCGCACAGGGGGUGGGGGCAGCCAGGGCAGUUUCCCUGGCCCUCGAGCUGGCGGCAGUGGGGGCAGCAGGGAGAGGCCAGGCCGCUACCCCUCUGAGGACAAGGCUCUCGCCAACUCCCUCUACCUCAAUGGUGAGCUGAGAGGCAGUGACCACACGGAUGUCUGUGGCAAUGUGGUGGGCAGCAGUGGCGGCAGCAGCAGUAGCGGCGGCAGUGACAAGGCCCCACCACAGUAUCGUGAGCCCAGCCACCCACCGAAGCUCCUGGCCACCUCUGGCAAGCUAGACCAGUGCUCAGAGCCACUAGUUCGGCCUUCAGCCUUCAAGCCCGUUGUACCCAAGAACUUCCACUCCAUGCAGAACUUGUGUCCCCCACAGACCAGCGGGACCCCUGAGGGACGGCAGGGCCCUGGUGGCCUAAAGGGUGGACUGGACAAGUCUCGGACCAUGACCCCAGCGGGAGGGGGUGGGGGCAGCCUCUCAGACUCAGGCCGGAACUCACUCACAAGCCUGCCCACCUAUAGCUCUAGCUACAGCCAGCACCUGGCGCCCCUCAGUGCCUCCACCAGCCACAUCAACCGCAUUGGCACUGCUGGCUAUGGUAGUGGCAGUGGCAGUGGCAGCAGUGGUGGUGGGUCCGGUUACCAGGACCUGGCGACCUCUGAUAGUGGGCGGGCCUCCAGCAAGAGUGGGUCUUCUUCAUCCAUGGGGCGGUCUGGCCACCUGGGAUCCGGAGAGGGCGGAGGUGGAGGCCUGCCGUUUUCGGCCUGCUCACCACCCUCGCCCAGUGCUCUGAUCCAGGAUCUAGAGGAGCGGCUGUGGGAGAAGGAGCAGGAGGUGGCAGCUCUGCGCCGGAGCCUGGAGCAGAGUGAGGUGGCGGUGGCCCAGGUGCUGGAGGAGCGGCAGAAAGCGUGGGAGCGUGAGCUGGCAGAGCUGCGGCAGGGCUGCAGCGGGAAGCUGCAGCAGGUGGCCCGCCGUGCUCAGCGUGCCCAGCAGGGCCUACAGCUGCAAGUGUUGCGGCUGCAGCAGGACAAGAAGCAGCUGCAGGAGGAGGCAGCCCGGCUGAUGCGACAGCGGGAAGAGCUUGAGGACAAGGUGGCCGCCUGCCAGAAGGAGCAGGCCGACUUCCUGCCCCGGAUGGAGGAAACUAAGUGGGAGGUGUGCCAGAAGGCCGGGGAGAUUUCCCUCCUGAAGCAGCAGCUGAAGGACUCGCAGGCUGAUGUGUCCCAGAAGCUGAGUGAGAUUGUGGGGCUGCGCUCCCAGCUGCGGGAGGGCCGGGCCUCACUGCGGGAGAAGGAGGAGCAGCUGCUCAGCCUGAGGGACUCCUUCAGCAGCAAGCAGGCCAGCCUGGAGCUGGCCGAGGGUGAGCUGCCCGCCGCCUGCCUCAAGCCGGCACUGACCCCUGUGGACCCUGCUGAGCCGCAGGAUGCUCUGGCCACCUGUGAGAGCGAUGAGGCCAAGAUGCGCCGGCAGGCCGGGGUGGCCGCUGCUGCCUCCUUGGUCUCCUUGGACGGGGAGGUGGAUGCUAGUGGGGAGAACGGGACGAGGGCCCUUCGGCGGGAGGUGGGGCGGCUGCAGGCUGAGCUAGCAGCUGAGCGGCGAGCCCGGGAGCGCCAGGGGGCCAGCUUUGCAGAGGAGCGCCGCGUGUGGCUGGAGGAGAAGGAGAAGGUCAUCGAGUACCAGAAGCAGCUGCAGCUGAGCUAUGUGGAGAUGUACCAGCGCAACCAGCAGCUGGAGCGGCGGCUGCGUGAACGUGGGGCCACGGGGGGUGCCAGCACACCCACCCCCCAACAUGGCGAAGAGAAGAAAGCCUGGACCCCCUCCCGCCUUGAGCGCAUUGAGUCCACAGAAAUCUGAUCCCUGACCUGGGCAUUCGGACUUUUGACAAAUGCCCUGUCAAAGGCCGGAGUCCCCGGUAUCCCCUCCCAUCAUCUCUCUUCCCUAUGUUUCCCGUAUCCCCAGACCAAAGAGGUUCUCAAAGCAGCUCUGACCAGGGCCCUCCCCUCCCUGCACUGAGUGCCCUCCUAGCUCUACCACUGCCCCUCUGGGCAACCCACUGGGACCCUCCUUCCAAGCAGGGAAUGGAGAGGGCAGAGUGAGUGGGGACUAGGGGCCCAGGCUCCCUUUGUUGGCACUCCCUUAUUGGAGAUGGAGAUGGCAGGCCUGCAGCGCCAUGAGGUGCCCCAGCCCCUUGUUGGGUCUGGGUGGCUGCCCUGUGUCCAGUGAUGCUCUCUGUGCUCACCUCCAAGGCCAUGUAGCCUUAGGGGCCUGCAUGGGGUGUGCUGAAACUGACAGACCUUGGGCUCCUGGCCCCUCUCCUUCCUGCACUAUUCUCCCUCUGUGGGCAGAUUGGCAGGACAAGUGGGAGCAGAUGGCCUGCCUGUGGUUGAGAGGGCUACUUGCCCAGCCCCUUCCCCUCAAGGUUUCUUGGGCACAGGCCUUUAGAGUCUGGCUUGGUCAGAGUGUGUCCAUAUGUGUGUGUUGGGGGAAGGAAGGGCUGGGGCUGGAGGCUCAGUGACCAGUAAAGAUUUGCCCUCCUGUUCCUGGGAAGGGUUACCUGGAGGCUUCUAAGCUCCCCCUCCCCACCCCCACUUUCUGGCCAGGAUCCAAGGGCAAUAGCCUCACCUGCUUGGCCUACCCCACACCUGGGGACACUGUCUGGUUCUAACUACAGCUAUUAAGUGCUACCUGCCUCUCAGGCACUCCCCUCACCCAGUUCCUGAGGUCAUGAGUGUCUGUGAUGUCUUCCCCACCCCAUUCCUCCAACCUCCUUCUGCUUUCAGCUCAGAACAUCAUUGUCCCAGGCCACCUCUUCCCCCAAAACUCACCUUUUCUUCCAGUAGAAAAUUCUGCUUGAUAUUCGGUGCACUGCCCACUUCCAAGCUCCACUGGGCCCAAGCCUGACUGAGGCCCUUGUUUGGGGGGUAGGAGGGUAGUUGUGAUUGCCCUUGUAAAACAAGGCUGACCCGAGAGGAACACUGACCUUUGGGUUCCCAGAGCCCUGAGUAACCCACCGUUUGCCCAGGGUAGGCCUGGCAUGGCCAUCAGUGGGGGUUGGGGCAGCCAGUGUGACUUCCUCCUCUAUGGGCCCUCUCAGAGUCCAUCUCCCCAAGGUAGGAAGGGAAAGGCAAAUUUCUAAUUCACCAGCAAUAAAAAAUGGAGGAGGCUUGGCCCUUAGCCCUUAUAUUUCUCUCUUUUCACUCUCUUCCUCCCACUCCCAAGACUAGGUUUGGGAAUAGAGUGGAGAGAGUUGGCAACUACUGUGAGCAAGUCCCCUAACCCUGACCAGCCUCCUCCCAUGACUGGUGACUGUUUAAAAAGCUGUGCAUCCCCCAUGAAAGCAGGAGUGCCCCCUUUGUGUGGCCUCUGUCUCUGCACAGCCCCUUCCAGUGGCCCUCACCAGAUCUCUGAACUAGGUUGGGGGGCCAUCCUGGCAAUCACUGCCCAUUCCACUCACCCCUCAGUGUACCUGUCCCAGAACCUGGGCCUGGGUCAGAGGGGCAGGGGGAAGAGAAGGCAUUAGUAGGAAAAAAAAAAAAGAAAGAAAAAUAUUAACAGACUCAGCUUUGGGACUUCCAACCACAAAAGAAAUUAUAUAUAAAUAUAUAAAAAUAUAUAUCUCUACCAUAUGUGAUGGAAAGACUUUGUUUUCUUUUC